CAUCAACAACCUGAGCUUGCGCAUUGUGCAUCGAAUCCUGUCCUUGGAGUUUGUUUCUUGCUUCAGCGAUGUCAAAGGCCGGCGGCUUUCCUGGUGGCUACAACGAGGGGCACCGCCUUUGUGUGUCUGCGACCCAUGGCAAGGGCCUGAAGAAGACUACUCUACAAGGCGCCUUCCAAGAAUUUGGGCAUAUCCUUCAGAUUGAGACCCCGAAAGCCAACCUGGCCUUCAUUGCGUUUUCCGACAAGGCGGACGCCCAGGAUGCCAUGGAGGCCAUGGAUGGCAAGACGCUGGAUGGACAAACCAUCACGGUCAGCAAAGCUGGGCCUAAGCCGACCUACCGGCCACAAGUUGAUCCAAAUGAAAACUUCAAGAAGGCAGGACAGGUGCUGAUGACGACGCAGACAGAGCGCGAGAAUGUUCGCUACCGCAAAGACGUGGAGAAGGCAGCAGAGAGAAUGAAGCCUAGAAGCAGGAGUCGAAGCGCACGCCGGCGAAGGAGCAGGUCUCACAGCUUCAAGAAACGCUACAGUAGCCCUGUAGCUCGCCGCAAAGAGCGGAGAGAUAGCCGAAAGCCAUCACGGAGGGGAAGUCGCAGCAGAAGUGCCCCCAAGCGAAAGCGAAGUCCCAGUAGAAGCAGGAGUUAGCGUACGCAGUAUGCAGACGGACUGAUAUGGAACCCGAGCAACUACAGAG